AUGGAACAGACGGCUAGAGACAAGUUUUUUAAACUCCUCAGGUUGCACAAAGUUGAACUCUUCAACAGUAAAUCUUUUGGUCAAUGGGAACGCAUGGUGGACAUACGAUACAAGAACAACCGGAAGAAGGCAGAAUCUGCAAUGCUUUCCACUUUGACUCAUCUGUAUACAGAUGAGGGCCUGCGACAUAUGCUGGUAACAGCACAUUUGCAGGAGAAGUUGAUCGUCUCGUUAAAAGAAGCGCAGCUAAAAAAGGAUAUGUACAAGCUGUUGGUCAAGGAACUGGCGAAGCACUACGACGAGAGCGCACUGGGUGGCAUCCUAAGAACUGCGGAAAAGAAAAUUGGAACAGGCGGUCCAGGUUAUCUUUUAGCGUACAAGAAGGAAUUUGAGAUAGCGCUAAGGGAGAUGUGGCGUCAUGAUGGCAAAUCGUUAGACGACAUGGUAUUAUUGCUGAGCAAGAAUGGAGACGCUUCAUCUUCCACUCCGUCCUCGUGA